AUGAACCCGCCAUCGAGAACCACGUCAGCUGAGACGGAUCUACGUACACGUCUAGAUUCAAGUUCAGAUAUCUCUAAGUCUUUAAUUGUUUCAUCAGCAUCACAACAGCAACACCAACGAAAAACAGAAAAUCAUCAUUCAAAAAAAGGCCACAGUGACGACCAUUCAAAUGAAACUGGAAGAACUAAAGAUGACUCCAGUAAUGAUAAUUGCGAUCAUAAUCAGCAACAAACGUCACCAAUCAGUCGUUCUGAUAAUGCACUUAAUAAUAGCGGUAUGGCUAAUUAUGGUAAUGAUAACAAUAUUGAUAACUCUGCGGCGAUGAUGAAUAAAGAAGAAGAUCGAAGUGUGGAUGAUAAUGUUGAAUGUGGAGGAAUCGCUGCUCUUCCUAGUGCUGCUAGUUUGUUGCGUGAAAAAAAAGUGAACAGUCUUACCGAUAGUAAUAAUCAUGAACGAUUGAUAGCAUCAGUCGUUAAAAAGAGUCACAAUAUGAAGCGAACUUGCGAUAAUAAUAUCGAUGAAACGAUCAAAAAACCGACAGUGAAACCACCUCCCCCACCGAUUCAUCUGCCACGUCCAUCAGUAUUAUUGUUACGAGAACAAGCUCAUUCUGCAUCACUUCCAUUGAAUACCACCAACACUAAUAACGGUACUGACAAUAAACGUUUAUCAUCAAGUAAAAUUUCAAACUUAACCACACUCAUUAAAAGUCAGUCAAAUGUAAUUGGGAAUCAAUCAGAAAAUAACGAUCAGAGAAAGAAAUCCAGUGAUACGAGCGAUCAAACAUCAAUGCCAUCAUCAUCGAAAUCCUUUUCGUCAAAUGAAAGUCGCCCUACUGAACACAGUAAUGGUCAUAAAAUAGUUCCAAAAUCUCCUCGAUUCGAACGCAAAUGUGUCGAAGGUGCUGAAAUACCUAGAGUGCCGUCAAUACCGCCACCGUCACCACCAAAACUAUCCGAACGGGAUGUAUCAGAUGAGGAUGACAUGUAUGAAGAAAUUGCACAAGCUAUUUCAAUUCCGGAAGCAUUCAGUGAUUCAGAUAAUUAUUCAGAUGAGAAAGUGAAUCAUUUGGAACGUUCAGUUUGCGUUUGCAAACCAUCGAUAACAAGCAGUUCAUCCAAAAACCAUGUAUCAGAUAAAGAUGAAGAUAUUUAUUCAUUAGCUGAUGAAAUAGUGGAAUGUGAAGAACCUGAAAACAAUCACGAUCAAGUGGCGGAAAACAAACUGAAAUCAAAGAGAUUGCAAAUAAAAUGUGAUCAAUCGGGUGAGAGUGAAGAUGAAUUUGAGCGUUGUCCUUCAAAUGCAGAAGAAGGAAACGGUUCAUCGGUCUUCAUUCAAAAAAAUCAGUCCUCAGCAGACUCAACUGCAUUUCGAAAGAAAUCGCUACCAUCGUGUGUACGAAGACCAAUGAGUACACUCGAACUGGAUAAAUUAUUGCGCAUUAAAUCUGAUAUUCAAUUUAAUAUCACCAAAAAGGUUGGUCAAAUUAAGUUGAAAGUGACAUCGUCAUCACAAGAAAAACAACGACGAGAUCGUGCAAUGUCAAUGUUUUAUGUGGAUAAUGCUGAUAAUCAAGCAAAUGAAGAGUGCAUCGCUCGAAUGCAAUUCCCACUCGAUGAGGAGUGCAUUUAUGGCGAUGAUUGGUCAUCUACUGAUGAAGAUGAUGAUAUGCAUAAAUCGAACACCAAUCAGAAAAGCAGUGAAAUAUGUGUUGGACUAGAAGGACUAGGUACGAGUAAAAGUGAUGUCGUAGUGAAUAAAUGCGUCGACGAUGUGAACAAGCCAAUUUCGAUGCUGAGUGAAAUUGAACAAGAGUUGAAUAUCCGACUAACUUCAGCAAAUUCACCUACCAAUUUGUUACCAGAUGUUGUACCGAAAUCUGAAGUGAAAUCGUUGAAUGGCAACAUGGAAUCAUCAAGUUAUUCGAUUGAUUGUGAUAGUGAAACAAUACAGUCCGAUGAUGGUGACAUGGAAUUAAAUGAAAUAAACAAGAAUUUUUCAUCAUCGUCGCCAUCGUCUCAUGUGAAUAAUUUGCAUGAAGCAUUAAAAACAACUAUGACUGUUCACAGUCUCCGAACAACUCAGGAUGGAUAUGAAACUGUUCUGGUAUCACCAUCGAAAUUAUCGAUUCAGGAGAAUAACACUGAUUUGCCAAAAAGUCCAUCUGAUGAAACAUUCAGUGAUGUGGAUCGAUUCGUUUAUGUGCCAAGAUUUCUACCAGAACCUCAGCCUUUAUACCAGAUCUACAUGAUGGAACAGCAGCAAAAGGAUGGGAUUGUUUUCGAUGUCCAUCAAAAUAACAAUAUCACGGAUUUAACGUCAGUGUUCAGUGGUGAAAUUGCUCAAAACUCUAGUGAUCACAAGAAUAUAUAUUCCCAUCUAAAUGUUAUGAUAGUAAUCACCAUAAUGAAUGGUCGAAAUAUACUCGUUGUAAUGAUUUCUAGUGAUUUUCAGGUGCGACGAAAUUCUUCUUCUGGAUCAACAGAUAGUGGCCGAGGUGCAGACUGUUCAACAACGGUAUCUCACAUCACUUCAAAUCCAUCGAUGCGUCGAGAACGACUCGUUGCAGCUAGUCAUUUUGGUAGUCAACGUUCAUUAUGGUGUGAAUUAACUGAGGUUAAAAAUUCGGGUUUAUUGGAAAAACUGGAUGAUCGUGAGAAAAAACUACAAGAAGCUUAUUUUGAAGUGAUAACCAGUGAAGCGUCAUAUCUUCGUUCACUCAACAUUCUUAUCACACAUUUUAUGGCUGCUUCUGAACUGCUGGGUUCAAAAGGAACAUCUUCUAUAAUCUGCAAUGAGGAACGGAAACGCCUAUUCAGUAAUAUUUUCUCAGUUCGUGAUUGUAGUGAAAGACUUUUAUGUGAUUUGGAAUCAAGACUUGAAGAGAGUCUUGUGCUAACAGAUGUAUGUGAUAUUUUAUGUGAGCAUUUUAAUUCAUAUUUCGAUCCAUACAUCAAGUAUUGCUCAAAUCAAGUUUAUCAAGACAGAACACUGAAGAGACUGAAGUUUCUUUUAAUUUCAUUUAUUUUCAUACAUUUAUUUAUUUUCAUAUUACCGUUGGAUAUUAACGCUAAAAAUACCCCAACUGUAUCAUAUAAUUUGAUGAAUGAAAGCACCGUCAUUUUCAGAUGUUACAGUUCAGCGUUUUUGUCAUGUAUUGAACGACUGGAGAGUGAUCGCUUAUGCCAAGGACUUGAUAUGCGUUCCUUUCUAAUGUUGCCCAUGCAGCGAAUCACACGAUAUCCGUUACUCGUAAUCGCUGUGCUUGAUCGUGUUCCAGCUGAAUCAGUGCAACAUAAAACCGCACAAAUGGCGUUAAAUCUUGCAAACUAUGUGGUGAAGUGUUGUAACGAGGGUGCUCGUCUCAUGGAUCGUACUGAGCAAUUGUUGCAAAUCGAGCGAUGUCUUGUUUAUAAGUCGGCUGAUCUCAGACGCAUUCCACUGGUAUCAUCAGGUCGUUAUUUGGUAAAACGAGGUUCAUUAUUGCAUCUGAUCGGUGUAAGACCAAAAAAUCUUCUGCAUUCACGUCAACGAUCGCAUAACAUUCAUCUAUUUCUCUUUAACGAUAUUCUUAUGAUCACCAAGAAAAAACUAAAUGGCACAUUUGUGUGUAAAGAUUAUUCCGCAAGGCGAUUUGUCGAUGUUGAGCCUGUUGAAUUGGAUAGUCCCAAGGUUCCUGCAGCAGCGAUUUCGAAUUUACAAACAAAACCACAUCUGUUUAUUUGUACGUUAAUGCAUAACGCUCGUGGUCGUCAAGUUGAACUGUUAUUGAACGCUGACUCCGAAAGCGAUCGUGAACGUUGGCUAUCGGCAUUAAGGCCGCCCACAUGCUCAAAUCCUGAGGAAAAAGUCUACGCAGACUGGGAUUGUCCGCAGGCGGCUGCUGUUCACAAUUAUACGGCAAGUCAGGAGGACGAAUUAAGCCUGCAAAAAGGCGACAUCGUUAAUAUACUCCGCAAAAUGCCUGACGGUUGGUAUUAUGGCGAGAGAGUUCGUGAUUCAUGUGGAGGUUGGUUUCCAUCAUCGUAUGUGCAGCAGCUGCUCAAUGAUCAUGUUCGUGCAAAUAACUAUCGUCAACGUCUUCGUGUGAUGCAGGCUGCAUUAGACUAUCGUCUUCAACAAGAGCAUCUGAAAGCAACCAACGAAAACAUAUCAAGAAGAGCACCGCAUCUCAUCGAUCGAUUUCGUAGACUGAGUAAUCCAAAGACUUUGUUUAAUGCAUAG